CUUUCCCUCCUCUCUCCUGGCCUCUCAUCCUCAUUGACCCACUCCCUGAAGUAUUUCUACACGACAUCGUCUGAAGUCCCAAACUUCCCAGAGUUUGUGAUUGUUGGUUUGGUUGAUGAUGCCCAGAUGAUGUACUAUGACAGCAACACCCAGAAAGCAGUUCCUAAACAGGACUGGAUGGAGAAGAACACUGAUGAGCAGUACUGGGAGGGGAACACUCGAAUCUUUCAGCGUCACCAGCAGGCCUUCAAAGUCAACAUUGAAACUGUAAAGCAGCGCUUCAACCAAACUGGAGGUGUCCACAUUGUCCAGUACAUGUACGGCUGUGAGUGGGAUGAUGAGGCUGGAGAGAUUACUGGCUUUCGACAGUUUGGCUAUGAUGGAGAAGACUGGAUAACAUUGGACUUGAAGGAAAACACCUAUAUUACUCCAAAACCACAGGCUGUAAUUACUACAAACAAAUGGAACAGUGACAAAGUUGAUCUGGAGUACAUUAAGAGCUACCUCAUUAAAGAAUGUCCUGAGUGGCUGAAGAAGUAUGUAAACUAUGGGAGGAGCUCUUUGAUGAGAACAGAUCGUCCCUCAGUCUCCAUCCUCCAGAAGUCUUCCUCCUCUCCAAUCAGCUGCUUUGCUACAGGUUUCUACCCCAACAGAGCAGAAAUGUUCUGGAGGAAAGAUGGAGCAGAGAUCAAUGAUGGUGUGGAGAAAGGAGAGAUCCUCCCUAACAAUGAUGGAACCUUCCAGAUGAACGUUGACCUGAAACUUCCAUCAUCUGAGGACUGGACAAAAUAUGAAUGUGUGUUUCAGCUCUCUGGUGUCAAAGAUGACAGUGUCCACAGACUGGAGAAACCAAGAAUGAAUGAUGACUCAAAUAAAGCCACCAUCCUUGUGGCUGUGUUGGUUGUCCUUGGUGUCGUUGGUUUGAUUGGUCUUAUUGGUCUUAUUUCCUUUAUUGUGCACAAGAAGAAUGCCAAGCGUCCAACUUUAUCUAUUCAGAAUGCUCAGGCCCCAGAGGAAGUCAGAUUUAUUCCAAACGCAUAA